AUGGUGGGGAGGAGAGUGUGGGAAAGGUUGGAGAAGGAGAAUCCUGAGUUUUUUUAUAACUAUAACAAAGGAAUACAACAUCGUGAACAGCCAACUUUUACUCCUACAGUGAACGAUUCUCUGAUGGGGUACUCGGCUCAAGAACAGUUUCCUUACCCUGCUUACAAUCAACCUCAUUUCAACUCCACAAGCCAUGGAAUACCCAACCAUAUGCAUUAUCCCUUUAAUGUGGAAAACAAUGUGUUGAUGGAGAGCUCUGCCGCUAGUAUGGUUCAGUUUGUCCCACCAAUCAGUUCUACAUCAUCCACAUCCAAAAUGAUUGCAAAUGCUUCAUCUAGAGCAAGUUCACAAGGGAUUGUAAAUGCUUCAUCCACAGCAAGUUCACAAGGGCUGAAGCUCGCACAAGAUAAUGGCGAUUUAUAUACUGAAUAUCUUUGGGAUUAUCCCUUGCCACAGCCGACAUCAAAUGUGUUAUCUACGGACUCAGGAGCCCUUGGAGCCAAUUUUCCUCCUCUGCCAGAUAAUUUUGAGUUGACGUAUGAUGAAUUAGAAGUUUAUGAGCUCAUCUCAAAGUGGCAAUGA